AUGAGUGAUAAGAAUACACGUAUUGCUAUUGUCUCAGAAGACAAGUGUAAACCAAGAAAAUGUAGACAGGAGUGUAAACGUUCCUGUCCUGUCGUCAAAACUGGUAAACUAUGUAUUGAAGUGGCUCCAAAUUCAAAAAUCGCAUUCAUAUCUGAAAUUCUAUGUAUCGGUUGUGGUAUCUGUGUUAAAAAAUGUCCAUUCGAUGCAAUCCAAAUCAUUAACCUGCCAACCAAUUUAGACAAUGAAGUCACCCACCGUUACUCAGCUAACAGUUUCAAAUUACACAGAUUGCCUACUCCAAGACCAGGCCAAGUCUUAGGGCUGGUCGGUACCAAUGGUAUUGGGAAAUCCACUGCUUUGAAGAUAUUAGCAGGUAAGCAAAAACCAAAUCUAGGUCGUUAUGAAAGCCCUCCUGAAUGGCAAGAAAUUAUCAGAUACUUCAGAGGUUCAGAAUUACAAAACUAUUUCACUAAAAUGCUGGAAGAUGAUAUCAAGGCCAUCAUCAAACCACAAUACGUCGAUAACUUGCCAAGAGCUAUUAAAGGUCCUGUCCAAAAAGUCGGUGAAUUGUUGAAAUUGAGAAUGGAAAAAACUGAAGAUGAUGUAAAGACCUACAUUAGUAUCUUACAAUUGAAAAACGUUUUACAUAGAGAAAUCUCUCAAUUGUCUGGUGGUGAAUUACAAAGAUUUGCUAUCGGUAUGACCUGUGUACAAGAUGCUGAUGUUUAUAUGUUCGAUGAACCUUCUUCUUAUUUGGAUGUUAAGCAACGUUUAAACGCUGCCGAAAUUAUUAGAUCUCUAUUAGGCCCAACUAAAUACGUCAUUUGUGUCGAACACGAUUUGUCCGUCCUAGAUUAUCUUUCUGAUUUCGUCUGUAUCUUAUACGGUGUCCCUUCUGUCUAUGGUGUUGUCACUCUACCUGCCUCCGUCAGAGAAGGUAUUAACAUCUUCUUGGAUGGUCAUAUCCCAGCUGAAAACUUGAGAUUCAGAACUGAAGCUUUGCAAUUUAGAAUGGCCGAAGCUGGUGAGGAAUUACAAUUCGAUGCCACUCGUGCUUUCAAAUACCCUUCAUUGAAACGUACCCAAGGUGAUUUCGUCUUGAAUGUCGAAUCUGGUGAAUUCUCAGAUUCUGAAAUUUUAGUCAUGAUGGGUGAAAAUGGUACCGGUAAGACUACUUUGAUUAAAUUGUUGGCCGGUGCCAUCCCAGCUGAUGACGGUACUGACGUUCCAAAAUUAAACGUCUCCAUGAAACCACAAAAGAUCGCUCCAAAGUUCCCAGGUACUGUUAGACAAUUGUUCUUCAAGAAGAUCAGAGGCCAAUUCUUAAACCCUCAAUUCCAAACUGAUGUUGUCAAGCCAUUGAAGAUCGAUGAUAUCAUUGACCAAGAAGUUCAACAUUUGUCUGGUGGUGAAUUGCAAAGAGUUGCUAUCGUGUUAUCUUUAGGUUUAGUCGCCGAUAUCUACUUGAUCGAUGAACCUUCUGCCUACUUGGAUUCCGAACAACGUAUUGUCUGUUCCAAGGUUAUCAGAAGAUUCAUCUUGCAUAACAAGAAGACUGCAUUUGUUGUCGAGCACGAUUUCAUCAUGGCCACUUACUUGGCCGACAAGGUUAUCGUCUUUGAAGGUAUUCCUUCUAAGGAUGCCACUGCCAGAACACCGGAAUCAUUAUUGACCGGUUGUAACAGAUUCUUGAAGAAUUUGAACGUCACAUUCAGAAGAGAUCCAAACUCUUUCAGACCAAGAAUCAACAAGUUGGACUCCCAAAUGGAUAAAGAACAAAAGCUUUCCGGUAACUACUUCUUCUUGGACAGCUCUGACGUUUAA